CACCUGAUUCACACUGAACUUUUAAAAGCUCCCCACCCCCAAGGAGACGCGCACACCCUCGCUCGCUGCCGCCCUCCCACUGCCCCACACACUGGGAGACCGCCCACCGCAAACCGCGGAGACCCCCGUCUAGAUUUAAAGCGCGGCUGCGCCCGGCUUCUGACGUCCAUUGAAUCGCGCGGGCCGCCGGCGGCGAGCGCGGGGCUGUGCCGGGAUCGCUGCGCCCUCAGCCGCUCGCCUCUGCGACGCGCGCCGCUCGCCCGAGCCACCCGCCGCCGCGCCCGCUCGCCGCGCCGCCGCGCUCCUCGCCCCGCGCCUGCCCCCAGGAUGGUCCGUCCCAGGCACCAGCCCGGCGGGCUUUGCCUCCUGCUGCUGCUGCUCUGCCAGUUCAUGGAGGACCGCAGCGCCCAGGCUGGGAAUUGCUGGCUCCGCCAAGCGAAGAACGGCCGGUGCCAGGUCCUGUACAAGACAGAACUGAGCAAGGAGGAGUGCUGCAGCACCGGCCGCCUGAGCACCUCGUGGACCGAGGAGGACGUAAAUGACAACACGCUCUUCAAGUGGAUGAUUUUCAACGGGGGCGCCCCCAACUGCAUCCCCUGUAAAGAAACGUGCGAAAACGUGGACUGUGGACCAGGAAAAAAAUGCCGAAUGAACAAGAAGAAUAAGCCCCGCUGCGUCUGCGCCCCAGAUUGUUCCAACAUCACCUGGAAAGGCCCAGUCUGUGGGCUGGACGGGAAAACCUACCGCAACGAAUGUGCGCUCCUCAAGGCCAGAUGUAAAGAGCAGCCAGAACUGGAAGUCCAGUACCAGGGCAAAUGUAAAAAGACCUGUCGGGAUGUUAACUGUCCAGGCAGCUCCACAUGCGUGGUGGACCAGACGAAUAAUGCCUACUGUGUGACAUGUAACCGGAUUUGCCCAGAGCCCGCCUCCUCUGAACAGUAUCUCUGUGGGAAUGAUGGAGUGACCUACUCCAGUGCCUGUCACCUGAGAAAGGCCACCUGCCUACUGGGCAGAUCGAUUGGAUUAGCCUAUGAGGGAAAGUGUGUCAAAGCAAAGUCCUGUGAAGAUAUCCAGUGCACUGGUGGAAAAAAGUGUUUAUGGGAUUUCAAGGUUGGCAGAGGCCGGUGUUCCCUCUGCGAUGAGCUGUGCCCUGACAGUAAGUCUGAGGAGCCUGUCUGUGCCAGUGACAAUGCCACUUACGCCAGCGAGUGUGCCAUGAAGGAAGCUGCCUGCUCCUCAGGUGUGCUGCUGGAAGUAAAGCAUUCCGGAUCUUGCAACUCCAUUUCGGAAGACACCGAGGAAGAGGAGGAAGAUGAAGACCAGGACUACAGCUUUCCUAUAUCUUCCAUUCUAGAGUGGUAAACCCUCCAUCCAUGUUCAGUGUUGAUAUAGCCUUUGGGCAAAAAAGAAAAAAAAAAAAGGAAAGAAAAGAAAAGAAAAAAUAUAUUGUCCAUACUGUAAAUAAGUGUAUGCUUAUUUAUUUGGGGGGAAAACGAUACAUAAAGGACCUUUGUCCUAAAGCUCUCUCCCAGGCCACCUUGUUACUCAUUGGACCCGGAGAGGUGGUCAUUGUGAGGUCUACUGGAUGAGGCCCAUAGUUGAGACUUGUAGACAUUUAUUUAUACUGUGUCAUGUUUUAUAAUUUAUACAUAAAAUGUCUGGUUGACUGUACACCUUGUUUUUGAAGAAAUUUAUUCGUGAAAGGAAGAGCAGUUGUUAUUUAUUGUGAGGUCUCUUGCUUGUAAAGUAAAAGCUUUUUUUUUCCUUGUAAACCAUUUAAGUCCAUUCCUUACUAUUCACUCACUCAUCUGUCUCCCUUCAUUUCACUGUUGUUAGACUCUUUUCCACUUUAACAAACUUGCAUGUCAGUUUCUGUCAUGUUUAUUUAUUGGAUUCUCUGCUGCCUGUUCUGUACAUACAUGAUCCCUCGGGUUUUGUUUACAAGGAAUCUUGACUGACCAAAAGCCAUUAUAACUGACUCAAAUAGAAGGUACAGAGGAUACAUCUUUGGGGAAACUCCUACUUCGGUUCUCUUGUUGUGAUGAAGACAUUUGCGAGAGAGGGGAUGAUAGCAAUGUUAGAAUUCUAGUAAUGUACUUUUAAGAUGUUACAGAUCCAAAGAAAUUGAGUGAUAUGGGUGUCGGGAAACUGAAGGAAGCGGAAUGCUACACAUUCAACCUUUCGUUAGGUGUUUCCUUUAAGCUAGUCUGCUGUACCUUUUAAAUUAGUUCUUCUUCAACCAAUGUGUCACUAAAAGUUAUAUCAAAGCUUUAUCAGUUCAAGUUUCUUGCUUUUCAUAAUACUUUUUUCUGAUGCAAUUUUAUAUUUUCAAACAUGGCAAGUUAAAUAUAAAUUCAUUUAAAUAUAUAGUUUUGUACUUUUCUACCAUGUAAAUGUGCAAUGUAUAUAAAAGUUAUAAUGUGUAUUUGUAAAUAAAUGAUGAGUGAAAAAAUAAAAAAAUUUUAAAAAGCCAA